AGCCGCCUCCAGGUACCGAGCUCUGGCUGAAUGAAUGAGCCGCGGGCAGUGAGCGGAUCGCGGGGCCAGGCUUCGCUCUCCUCCCGUUAGCCGCUCCGGGGGAAAGCAUGUGGAAGAUUCUGGCUGUGGUCUGGCUGAUGCUCGCUGUUUGUGGCCGGGCCCGUGAAGUUAGUGCUGCCCACAAUCGGCGCCUGUCUCCGGGGAGAGGGAGAGGGAAGCAGCGGGCACUGUCCCCGAGUUUAAAUGUCUGUGGCAGUGGCUGCUGUAACGGAUGGGCAUUGGGACCCCAGACUAGACAAUGCACAAAACCUAUCUGUUUCCCACGUUGUCAGAAUGGUGGAUUUUGCCAACAGCCCCAGGUCUGUGUAUGUAAACCUGGCUUUACCGGCACACGAUGUGAAGUAGUGACUGACCUUCAUCUCCCAACCAAUCCCACAUUAGCUUCACCCAAGACACAGCAUGUGCCAGCUUUGUCAAUGGGACACGUCAGCAAGAAACAAAAGAGGGAGAGAGCCGGAGGGACGAAAGCUUCAAGCACUCGCUACAUUGGCCGAAAGAAGUCUACAGUUCGAUGGCAACCACUCACUGUGAAGCAGGCACAGUCGGUGUUACUGAGGAAACUCACACUCUCUAGCCAGCGCUCUGCCAAAGUUGCCAAGAGACAGCCAACACCAUCUGAUGUCACAGCCAAUACAAAAAGCCAGGGCCCAAAGGCACAUGGGCAAAACCAGCCUCGAGUUAAACAAGCAAGUGUCAAAGUCCUCUGUCUGCUUCAGUGCCAGAAUGGGGGAGUGUGCGUACGAAAGGAUCGUUGCCAUUGCCCACCUGGGUUCACCGGGAAAUUCUGUCAGAUCUCCACCCGGUCAGCCAGCAGCAGUCAGGUUCCCGACAGUUUCCCGACAGUAGACCCAGAUCGACACCGUAAACCACGGGUGGAAACUGUAUACACUCUUCCACUCUCCAACCAACAGCUUUCAAACCAAACAGACCGACUGAUUCCGUCAAUCGUUAAUCUCCGAGUCCAGCAUCCUCCUGAAGUCUCAGUGAAGGUUCAUCAGGUCACACAAGUGGUCGGAGAGAAACACACAAAUUCUGCUCAGCUCCACGUCCAGGAGCCACCAUCUCAGAGAGAACCACAAAACCGGACACCACAGGAGCGCCAGGGGCCUCUCACUGCUGACCCCCGAUUGGAUGCAGAGUCUGUGUUUGGGUACUGCUUUACUGAAAUCACCAGUGGACAGUGUUCUUCCCCACUGACCGGCCUGCGGACAGUCGAACGUUGCUGCCAAGGAGGAGGUGUUGGCUGGGGAGUGACCGAAUGUAUUCAAUGUCCUGUGACACCAGGAAAUGACUGCCCACAUGGAUUUGAAAAAACUGCUGAUGGGCAUUGUCAAGAUAUCAAUGAGUGCUCCCUGCCAGGAAUCUGUCAAAAUGGAAAGUGCCUGAACGUGAGAGGCAGCUACAGCUGUGUGUGCAGCCAAGGGUUUGUGCAGGACACUUCCAAGAGCCGCUGCAUCUCGCAGAAGGUGAUCUCAUUAACCAAAGGACCUUGUUAUCGGAUUUGGAGGAGUGGAUCCUGUUCCCUGCCCGUGGGACAGAACAUCACGAAGCAGAUCUGUUGCUGCAGCAGAGUGGGGAAAGCCUGGGGAACAGAGUGCCUGAAGUGCCCAUCGCCGCUCACAGAGGGAUUUCGGGAGAUUUGCCCUGCAGGUUCUGGAUAUCAUUACAUCCGGUCAGAUCUCCGCUACAGUAACCGGGGAUUGGGGGAGAGGGACCGAGGAGUCACAAAUGUGGAUCAAGCAUCAUUGACCAGUACCUCAGCACCAAUUGUUCAACCCACACAGGCUCCGAGGCUGAGAGAGACAACAAGCGUAGCCAGGACAUCGCCCACAACAGCAGCUGUGCCCAGGACCCCACGACCAGGUUUGUGUCCAACACCUACUUCAUAA